UAACUAUCGUAUCUGGCCAGAUAAACCCCGAUCUUUGACCUCUGUCUAUAUACCCAUGCAACAGAAGUUAAAUGGGUAUUUCCCCACCAAUUGAAAGUUUGAGAUCUUAAUGUCCAUGAAUAUUAAGUUAGAGAUUUAAAACCCCAUAGCGCUGGGUUUAAUUGGUUUACUGUAUACCAAACCGAUGCUUUAACCACGUAAACCUAAUUAGAACCAGCCUAAACCCGUUUACAACCCGUUUUUCCCCCAAAUUACAACCCGUUUACAACCCAGCCUAAACCAUUACCCGAAAAAACAAAUUGAAACCUAAAACUAAAACCUAAAUCGAAAAUCCCCUAUUUUCUCUCGACGAACCCUAACUUUUCCCCGAGUUUGAUCGAUGUCGUUAGCCCUUCACGACCCUGAUCUUGUUGGUGAUGUCGAUCCUGAAGCUGAAGACAGAGAUGAGUUUCACAUGGAAGAACUGCUAAAGGAGUGGACCGACGAACCACCAAUUCGCCACGAUGUGUACCCGGAGAGUGAUGAUGAGGAAAACGCCGACGGUUCUGGAAGAUUUGACACACAUAUCAGGCGUGGUGAUGGGUUUUUGUACCACAAGCAGAGUUUUUUCAGUGGGGUUGCGUUCAAAGAGGCGGUAGUUGAUUACGCUCUCAGAACCGGCUGCAAUAUAAAGCAGUACAAGUAUGAUUCCGAUAAAAUUGGGUUCAUAUGUGUUGGUUGUGAUGGGAAAAAAGGUGGAGCUAAGUGUGAGUGGAAAGUUUAUGCGGCCAUUCUCAAGAGUGAUAAUAUGUGGAAGAUUAGGAAGUUUGUUGACACACAUAGCUGUAUCCCUAAUGGAGAAUGUGAGAUGUUUAAGGUGCCACAUAUAGCUAGGUUAUUUGUUGAUAAGAUUAGGGAUAGUCCUGAAUUUUACAUGCCCGCAAAGAUUGAAGAAAUAAUUAUGGAACAAUGGAAGAUUAGUGUCACUAGGAAUCAAUGUCAGUCUGCGAGAAAGAAGGCUUUGCAAUGGAUUGAGAAAGAGUAUGAUGAUCAAUUUGCAAGAUUAAGGGAUUAUGCGGCUGAGAUAGUUGAAUCAAACAAGGAUUCACGGGUUAAAGUUGAAUGUCUCACGAGUGCUGAAGGUAAAGACAUGUUCAAUCGGUUCUAUGUAUGUUUUGACAGUCUUAGAAAGACAUGGAAGGAGUCUUGUAGGCCUCUAAUAGGCAUUGAUGGUUGUUUUCUAAAGAAUAAGGUUAAGGGACAAUUACUUGUAGCCUUAGGUAGGGAUGCAAACAAUCGCAUAUAUCCUAUAGCUUGGGGAGUUGCUAAAGUAGAGAACACAGAAAACUGGGUGUGGUUUAUUAAGCUGCUGAAAGAAGACUUCGGAUUAAGGGAUGGUGAAGGCUUCAUCAUGAUAUCUGAUAGGCAAAAGGUAGCUUAC